UACAUAUAUGGAUACAAAUCAAAGUGUUACAUAUAUGGAUACAAAUCAUAGUGUUACAUAUAUGGGUACAAAUCAAAGUGUCACAUAUAUGGGUACAAAUCAAAGUGUGACGUAUAUGGGUACAAAUCAAAGUGUUACAUAUAUGGAUACAAAUCAAAGUGUCACAUAUAUGGGUACAAAUCAAAGUGUUACAUAUAUGAAUACAAAUCAAAGUGUUACAUAUAUGGAUACAAAUCAAAGUGUUACAUAUAUGGAUACAAAUCGAAGUGUUACAUAUAUGAAUACAAAUCAAAGUGUUACAUAUAUGGAUACAAAUCAAAGUGUUACAUAUAUGAAUACAAAUCAAAGUGUUACAUAUAUGGAUACAAAUCAAAGUGUUACAUAUAUGGAUACAAAUCGAAGUGUUACAUAUAUGGAUACAAUUCAAAGUGUUACAUAUAUGGAUACAAAUCAAAGUGUUACAUGUGGGUACAAAUCAAAGUGCUACAUAUAUGGAUACAAAUCAAAGUGUUACAUAUAUGGGUACAAAUCAAAGUGUUACAUAUAUGGAUACAAAUCAAAGUGUUACAUAUAUGGGUACAAAUCAAAGUGUUACAUAUAUGGGUACAAAUCAAAGUGUUACAUAUAUGAAUACAAAUCAAAGUGUUACAUAUAUGGAUACAAAUCAUAGUGUUACAUAUAUGGAUACAAAUCAAAGUGUUACUUAUAUGGAUACAAAUCGAAAUGUUACAUUUAUGGGUACAAAUCAAAGUGUUCCAUAUAUGGAUACAAAUCAAAGUGUUCCAUAUUUGGAUACAAAUCAUAGUGUUACAUAUAUGGAUACAAAUCAAAGUGUUCCAUCUAUGGAUACAAAUCAAAGUGUUACAUAUAUGGAUACAAAUUGAAGUGUUACAUAUAUGGGUAC